AUGUCCAAUGCCACACAUCAUAGCCAUGAUGCACCACCAGCAUCGUUCGCUCCUCCAGAACCUCUACCCAACCGCUUCUCCGCGACUCAACAUCUCUUUCGUCAAACCAUCUCUCACUCUCAACGACGAACUCUUUGCCAAACCCUUGUUGAGGCAGAAACCGAUUUGAGAGCAUACCGGGCUUCGAUUAAUCAAUUGAAGACAACUAUCAUUGUGUUAGAGACGAGAAGGGAUGCCUUAGAGGCGACUGUGGCGAAAUAUCGGACAUUGUUAUCACCGAUUCAUCGUAUGCCACCGGAGAUAUUGACCCAUAUCUUCUCGUUCUGCUGCGAAGAAAAUCUCUUGUCAAAAACAAAUCCACCGGCCGUCAUUACCCUGUCUGCUGUAUGUGGACGCUGGAGAGAGAUUACUUUGGCCGUACCCCGCCUGUGGUGGACGAUUUCCAUUUGUAUCGGUGAUUGGUAUCCUCGCAGUGAGGGUUCCUCGUUCGGCCAUGAUUUGUCCCAUCUACUCGAAAUAUUUAUGGAACGAUCGAAGGAGGGACCAUUGCACCUGGAAUUUAGUGAAUUCUACCACGAAUCACACAUACGUGCUCUCGAGGCUGAGCUUAACUGCCUUUUGCAUGAAUCUAAUCGCUGGCGGAGUUUGACAUUCCCCGGGGGAGGGUGUUCUCACCUUAGCGAACUACCAUCCCCAUUUCGACGUCUUCGAGGACGUCUCUCAACCUUGCAACACUUGCACCUGGAUUUUGGAAGUUGGAACAGCGAAGAAUCAAGUUUGAUUGCCUCUGAUUUUGCCCUCUUCAGCGAAUGUACCUCCCUCAGCUCCCUCAACAUAUAUCGCGGGUUUCGCCUCAACCCCGAAUUCACGUACAAUUUUCCAUGGUCACAGAUUCGAUCAUUAGAGCUAUUAGACUGCCAGUCCUCGCAUGCGGUACAAAUCAUGGCACUUUGUACCAAUAUUCAGGAAGUGGAGCUGAGCCGCGUAAACGAUUUAUUAGAGACUGACCCCUUUCAAGCUGUCACUCUUCCGGAACUGCGUUCCAUGUCUGUUGAAGGUUGGAAGGACCAUGCAUCGUCCUUAUUUCAAUCCUUCACCCUCCCGUCUCUAUCGUUCCUCAAAAUUGGUGUUUGUUCCCAUUCGACACACUGGGUCCCAGAUGUUAUGGCAACGUUCCUUCUUCGUUCAUCGUGUUUCAUCACAUCAUUCUCGUUAGCGUCGGCUACCCUCUCCGACUCAGAGAUAGUCAACCUCCUUAUCCUCAUGCCAACGCUUACUGAGCUCUCCGUCGAAGAAUGCGAAACUUUGUAUAGCGAGGACUUCACACUGCAGCCACGCAAGAACAAAAUUGUCACAAAAAGGUUCUUGGAAAACCUCGUCAUUGACACAGGGUACAAACCCCGCACUCUCCUUCCUCAACUAGCUGACCUCUCCUUCACCGCUUUUCCACUCGAACCUGAUACUCGACGAAUUCUCGAACGGGCGCUUGCAUCGAGGCUUCCUACUAUACGCGCAUUCACCCUCAUAGUCGUGGUCUCAGGGGUAAUCGAACAGGAACCGGAUUUGUCGGAUUACGAUUCGUUGUGGUGUUUUAGAGACGCAGGGGUGCGGAUCCAUCGUUCGUUCACGACAUCCAUUUACUGGUGA